CCCCCGCGCACAGCUGGGACGUGGGCCGCGCGGGCGGGCGCAGUCCGGAGCCCGCAGGGUCGCGGCGGGCGCUGCGGCUCCUCUCGCGUCCGAGCGCCGCGCGCCCAGGGCGAUGGCCGUGCGCCCCGCGGGCCCCGCGCCCCGCUGCCUGCUGGCGCUCGUGCUGUGCUGCGGCUGGGGGGCGCUGGCCGCGGUGGCCCCGAAGCCGGGCGCCGGCUGCCCGAGCCGCUGCCUCUGCUUCCGCACCACCGUGCGCUGCAUGCAUCUGCUGCUGGAGGCCGUGCCCGCCGUGGCGCCGCAGACCUCCAUCCUGGAUCUUCGCUUUAACAGAAUCCGGGAGAUCCAGCCUGGGGCGUUCAGAAGGCUGAGAAACUUGAAUACACUGCUUCUGAACAACAAUCAGAUCAAGAGCAUACCCAGCGGGUCGUUUGAAGACUUGGAGAAUUUAAAAUAUCUCUAUUUGUACAAGAAUGAGAUCCAGUCAAUUGACAGGCAGGCGUUUAAGGGACUUGCCUCUCUAGAACAACUAUACCUGCACUUUAAUCAGAUAGAAACUUUGGACCCAGAGUCAUUCCAACAUCUGCCGAAGCUGGAAAGGCUAUUUCUACAUAACAACCGAAUCACACAUUUGGUGCCAGGAACGUUCAGUCACUUGGAAUCCAUGAAGAGACUGCGGCUGGACUCCAAUGCGCUGCACUGUGACUGUGAAAUCCUGUGGCUGGCGGACCUGCUGAAAACCUACGCCAAGUCCGGCAACGCGCAGGCGGCUGCCACCUGCGAAUACCCGCGGCGCAUCCAGGGGCGCUCGGUGGCGACAAUCACCCCUGAAGAGCUGGACUGUGAAAGGCCCCGGAUCACGUCAGAGCCCCAGGAUGCGGACGUCACCUCAGGGAACACUGUGUUCUUCACGUGCAGAGCGGAAGGCAACCCCAAACCCGAGAUCAUCUGGUUGCGAAACAACAACGAGCUGAGCAUGAAGGCAGAUUCCCGCCUCAACCUGCUCGACGACGGGACCCUGAUGAUCCAAAACACGCAGGAGACGGACCAGGGCAUCUACCAGUGCAUGGCGAAAAACGCGGCGGGGCAGGUGAAAACACAGGAAGUCACCCUCAGGUACUUUGGGUCUCCAGCUCGACCUGCUUUUGUAAUCCAGCCACAGAACACGGAGGUGCUGGUCGGGGAGAGUGUGACCCUGGAGUGCAGCGCCACAGGCCACCCUCCGCCACGGAUCACCUGGACCAAAGGGGACCGCACGCCCCUGCCUGAGGACCCUCGCGUGAGCAUCACCCCCUCUGGUGGCCUGUACAUUCAGAACGUCCAGCAGGACGACAGUGGGGAGUACACGUGCUUCGCAUCCAACAGCCUGGACAGCAUCCAGGCCACGGCUCUGAUCAUCGUCCAGGCUCUUCCCCAGUUCACUGUGACCCCUGCAGACAGAGCUGUUAUCGAGGGUCAGACGGUCGAUUUCCAGUGUGAGGCCAAGGGCUACCCGCAGCCGGUCAUCGCCUGGACCAAAGGAGGGAGCCAGCUGUCCGUGGACAGGAGACACCUCGUCCUCUCCUCGGGAACGCUCAGGAUCUCGGGCGUGGCGCUCCAUGACCAGGGCCAGUACGAGUGCCAGGCUGUCAACAUCAUCGGCUCCCAGAGGGCCGUGGCCCACCUGACGGUGCAGCCCAGAGUCACCCCGGUGUUUGCCAGCACUCCCAGUGACAGGACGGUGGAGGUGGGCACCAGCGUGCAGCUGCCCUGCAGCGCCCAGGGGGAGCCCGAGCCCGUCGUCACCUGGAACAAGGAUGGGGUUCAGGUGACGGAAAGCGGGAAGUUUCAUAUCAGCCCCGAGGGGUUCCUGACCAUCCACGACGUGGGGACCGCGGACGCAGGCCGCUACGAGUGCGUGGCCCGGAACACCAUCGGGCAGGCCUCCGUCAGCAUGGUGCUCAGCGUGAGUGUUCCUGACGUCAGCCGAAACGGGGACCCAUUCGUGGCCAAAUCGAUUGUCGAAGCAAUUGCGACUGUGGACAGAGCCAUAAACUCCACCCGGACUCACCUGUUCGACAGCCGUCCCCGUUCUCCAAAUGACCUGCUGGCCUUGUUCCGGUACCCGAGGGACCCCUACACUGUGGAGCAGGCACGUGCGGGGGAGAUCUUCGAGCGGACGCUGCAGCUGAUUCAGGAGCACGUGCGCCACGGGCUGAUGGUCGACCUGAACGGCACAAGUUACCACUACAACGACCUCGUGUCCCCGCAGUACCUGAGCCUCAUCGCCAACCUGUCAGGCUGCACGGCGCACCGGCGCGUCAACAACUGCUCGGACGUGUGCUUCCACCAGAAGUACCGCACGCACGACGGCACGUGCAACAACCUGCAGCACCCCAUGUGGGGCGCCUCGCUGACCGCCUUCGAGCGCCUGCUCACGGCCGCGUACGAGAACGGCUUCAACACCCCGCGCGGCGUCGACCCCAGCCGGCUGCACCACGGCCACGCCCUGCCCAUGCCCCGCCUGGUGUCCACGACCCUGAUCGGGACCGAGACCGUGACGCCUGACGAGCAGUUCACGCACAUGCUGAUGCAGUGGGGCCAGUUCCUGGACCACGACCUGGACUCCACGGUGGUGGCCCUGAGCCAGGCCCGCUUCUCCGACGGGCAGCACUGCAGCUCUGCAUGCAGCAGCGACCCGCCCUGCUUCUCGGUGGCCGUGCCCCCCAACGACCCCCGCGUCAGGAACGGGGCGCGCUGCAUGUUCUUCGUGCGCUCCAGCCCCGUGUGCGGCAGCGGGAUGACGUCCCUCCUCAUGAACUCCGUGUACCCGCGGGAACAGAUCAACCAGCUCACCUCCUACAUUGACGCCUCCAACGUGUACGGGAGCACGGAGCACGAGGCGCGCGCCAUCCGGGACCUGGCCAGCCACCGGGGGCUCCUGCGGCAGGGCAUCGUGCAGCGGUCGGGGAAGCCGCUGCUGCCCUUCGCCGCCGGGCCGCCCACCGAGUGCAUGCGGGACGAGAACGAGAGCCCCAUCCCCUGCUUCCUGGCCGGGGACCACCGCGCCAACGAGCAGCUGGGCCUGACCAGCAUGCACACGCUCUGGUUCCGGGAGCACAACCGCGUGGCCGCCGAGCUGCUCGCCCUGAACCCGCACUGGGACGGGGACACCAUCUACCACGAGGCGAGGAAGAUCGUGGGCGCGCAGGUGCAGCACAUCACCUACCAGCACUGGCUGCCCAAGGUGCUGGGCGAGGUGGGCACGAAGGCACUGGGGGCCUACCGCGGCUACGACCCGGGCGUCAACGCCGGCAUCUUCAACGCCUUCGCCACGGCCGCCUUCCGGUUCGGCCACACGCUCGUCAACCCUGUGCUCUACCGGCUGGACGAGAACUUCGAGCCCGUCGUGCAGGGACACAUCCCCCUGCACAAAGCCUUCUUCUCUCCCUUCCGCAUCGUGAACGAGGGUGGCAUCGACCCGCUGCUCAGGGGCCUGUUCGGCGUGGCGGGGAAGAUGCGCGUGCCCUCGCAGCUGCUGAACACGGAGCUCACCGAGCGGCUCUUCUCCAUGGCGCACACGGUGGCCCUGGACCUGGCCGCCAUCAACAUCCAGCGGGGCCGGGACCACGGCAUCCCACCCUACCACGAGUACCGGCUCUACUGCAACCUGUCGUCCGCACACACCUUCGACGACCUCAAGAACGAGAUCAAGAGCCCGGAGAUCCGGGAGAAGCUGAGACGGUUAUAUGGGUCCCCACUCAACAUCGACUUAUUUCCUGCACUCAUGGUGGAAGACUUGGUCCCUGGCAGCCGACUGGGACCUACCCUCAUGUGCCUGCUGAGCACUCAGUUCAAGCGCCUGCGAGAUGGGGACAGGCUGUGGUACGAGAACCCGGGGGUGUUCUCCCCGGCGCAGCUGACACAGAUCAAGCAGACGUCGCUGGCCCGGAUCCUGUGCGACAAUGCCGACAACAUCACGCGUGUGCAGAGGGACGUGUUCAGGGUGGCGGAGUUCCCCCACGGCUACGGCAGCUGCGACGACAUCCCCCGCGUGGACCUGCGCAUGUGGCAGGACUGUUGUGAAGAUUGCAGGACCCGCGGGCAGUUCAACGCGUUCUCGUACCACCUCCGAGGCAGGCGCUCCCUGGGGUUCAGCUACCAGGAAGAUGGGCCCGUCGCGGGCGCAGGACCCGGGGGGACAGGGAGCGCUGGGCAGCAUGAGAAGCACCCAGGCAAUGCCACGGCCGUGUCCUGGGAGCGCCCCCGAGUUCCGGGGCCGAACGACUUCAAGGACUUCGUCGUGGAAAUGCAGAAGACCAUCACGGACCUCAGGAAGCAGAUAAAGAGACUGGAGGCCCGGCUCAGCGCCGCCGACUGCACGGACGCACACGGGGAGCCUCGCGCCAAUGGCGCCAAGUGGAAGGGAGACGCGUGCACCGCCUGCGAGUGCCGCGACGGGCAGGUCACCUGCUUCGUGGAGGCCUGCCAGCCUGCUGACUGCCCGGCGCCCGAGAGAGCCCCGGGGGCCUGCUGUCCCGUGUGUCCCGCGUCUGGCGCAGGCCAGAGACCGUCGGCUCCGUGAGGCCUUCGGGGCCGGCUCGCGGCGUGCGGACGGCAGGGACCAUCGCGGCCGGGACCCCUUCUGCCUCGGAAGCAGCACAGGUGCUCAGACCAGAGCGUUCGCCGAGGAGAAGCCACGGACACGUGCCCUAACUUCACGUUAGAUUCUCAGGUUUUUAUUUAAGAUUUUUAAUGAGAAAUUGGUGCUACUAUUAAAUUGCACGGUCCAGUCAUUUAGGCUCCUGAAUUCGUUUCCCCGGAUGCUGCCAUGUCUUCUCGACCAGACGUGUGUCCCGCUGGGCUCUGACGCCUGGCGCUUGCCGACGAGCCGCCCACUGUGAGGGCGCGCCACGGAGCCGCCAGAAGGACAGCACCGCAGGGACAGCAAGAUCGGGCUCGGGACAGCGGGGGGCGGUCUGGGCGUGGGUCCGGGCCCCAACCCGACACCUGCGUUCAUGCACGGCUCCGCGGCUCAGCCUCCCUCCCGUGAGGAGGGCCCCCGGCCACGGGCUGCGUGGCCCUGCCUGGCGCGCUGCGCACGGAGCCUCUCCCGCCGGAGGAGUUGGUGCUGGGGACUCUCUAGCUUCGGGUUGUGUGCCUUCAGGGAACAGUCGGUCCCUAUACCUCAUUUGUGUUUUCAAAAUGCAUGAUGUUUUAUGAGAUGUUGCCCACGUUUUAGGUGUCAGGAACGGCGGAGAAGUCACGUCCACUAUGCAAAAGUUAUCGUAGAAUUCAGUGAAGAGCAACUAUCAUACCUCAUGGUCUCUCUCUUUUUAACUGUCCAGAAACCUCUUUCUUUGUUGUCAGUUGAAGUGCUCUGAGUCCUGAGAAAUGUGUCCCUGGAUGUACAAGGUCAGCUCAGCACACGUGACCUGAGCGCCCCCUUGCGGGCGCCACGGGAAGACCCUGGGGACACCGGUGGUUUCGUUCGUGGAGGGCACCCCGGGUUGGGGCUGGGGGAGCCAUCGCCUCCAUGGCCCAGGAGGCAGUCGAGCACGUCGUGGGCUGUUUCGAAGCCUGGUCUGGGCCCGGCUCAGGCACCCUUCUGGAAGCAGGAGACCCCGGCUCUGCAACCGGCGGGCCCCAACCGUGGGAUGGAGGUACCAUCCCCGCCAUGAGCGUGUUCUCAGUGGCUUUGAACACGGCCGACCUGACUUCUCAUCCCUGUAACAUUAAGUGGUAAAUACGGUCCCCUGUCCCGUGGGGCACGGGGCAGCCUUUGAGGGAUCAAGUCACGUUUAAUAACCAAACCUUAGAACCGAUUUCUGUCAAGUAGAGAGCAGGUGACCAUCCGCAGCGUGGAGGUUGCGGAAGUUGCUCAGGUAGAGAACGACGGCAGACCCUACACUUUGGGAGCGGCUGGCGUCUACACACGCUUUGGAGCCGACGUGUGGCUUUGCUGCAGGCGCUCCCACGUGGGCUGGAAUGUGUGGCUGGGACCUCGUCCUCCGCCCGGGAGGGGCCGCUGCCGGGGACGCGCGGGGCCGGUCUGGGGCUGCAGCGGAACAUGGCCUGUGGCGGGGCCACGGGAGCGAUCUCCCAUGUAGUGGCCGAGCUGCGGGCAGGCCCCCGGGGCCCCUCAGCAGCCACGGGGACAGGAAGCGCAUGUACAUAUUUAUUUACUUUCUAACUGUUGCCAACAGCCAAGUGCCUUUUUACAUUCAUUGUAACCAGUUCAUUACCAAAGAGACGUUUGCACUAUGUAACGAUGCCUUCAGUUCAAAUAAACGGGCCACGUUUUCACAUGGA